AUGGCUCGGGGUUUCAGUUACCUUGUGCUCGUGCUAUGCGGUAUUUGGGUGCAGGCGAUCGCUGUCAUCUCUUCGAAUUCUACCCCUGAUGCAGUUGGUGAAUUGCGUUCGACACUACACGGCUCGUAUCUAGCUCCGACUCUGCAUAGCCGGGAUGCCAAGGUGGAUUUGAGGAUAUUAUGCCUUGGUGCCUCGAUUACGUGGGGUGUGGGCUCGUCAACUGGCAACGGUUACCGGAAACCCUUGAGCGAUAAACUUCGCUUUGAAGGAUACGAGGUUGAUAUGGUUGGGACCAAGCAUAAUGGAGACAUGGCCGACAAUGUACGUCCUUUUGGCAUGACCUACCAACGGCGAGAGCGAACACUAACAUCCCAUCAGGACGUGGAAGCUCGCCCAGGAGGCGUUAUCGAUCAGGUGCACACCGCCGCUCGAGGCUCAUACAGAUACAAUCCCAACGUCGUCCUGAUCAACGCGGGCACCAACGACUGUCUGCAAAACCGCGAUAUUGCGGGUGCCGGCGAGCGGAUGAGGGUGCCCAUCGAGGAUAUAUUCCAGUCAAUCAGCGGCGUGACCGUUCUCCUGUCGACUCUCAUCCCCUGCAAAGACCCCACCGGGGAGGCGAAUCGCCCGGCCGUCAACGCCCAGUAUCGCACCUUGGUGAGUGGGAAAAGGAUUGAUGAUGAUAAAGCAAAUGAAGUCUUCUCGAAUGCACAAGAUAAACCAGAAGAGUAUGUCGUCAACGAGGAACUCAAGCACCAGGUCGUGACUAUAAUCGAAGCCUGGGAUAAUGCCACGGGAAAGAUGCAGUCCAGCCUAUUCUCCGGGACCAGCGAUGGAAUAAGCCAAUUGGGGAAAAUGAUCGCUGGGGGAACAUUCCUCCUUCCCAACGAUACCCAAUUAUUGCCCAUAACCGACCUCAAGGCCUCGGCCUGGCGUCUCGCAAUCGGCGAUAUAAAUCCUUUUGUGAUUGACUCGACGAUGAAUUGCGAAGACGCCCUCGACCAGGAGUCGAAAGACACAAACCCGGAAGGUUUUGGCUCUCGUGCUCUGACAGACUACGACACCUCGCGGGUGUGCAUAAAUGAUCGAAUGUAUUCUCUUGUAACUGCUACAAAACCGAGGCACAACUGUGUCGACAGCCCCCAUGAAGGCUUGGGCCAUUAUUGCCACGCGUUCCGUCCACCUCCUGGCACUGACGCUCUUGACGGCUCAUUCUGGGGCAACAUUACGAUCGAAGACAUUGUUGCAGGCAACACCUUUGCUGGUAUUGGCAAGUCGGACGUCAGCGCCCCUGGUUACGUUGAUAUCCCCAUGUGCCGCUACUGGGAAGCUCGUGAGAACUAUUGGUACUGGAGAGGGUCGUCAAGCCACGAUGAGGUUCCUUACUAUUUCCCCUGCAACGAGAUCAUUGAUUACAACUCUUAG